AUGGAGCAAGCUUCACGGUGGCAAUUGUUCAAUACCUCAUGGACAGUCCACCGUGUCUCCCCCCUCCACCAUGGCAAAGACUUCGAAACCCUCCUCAACAACGAAGCCGCCUUGAAAACAUACGCUACGCGAUUACGCGACCAACUCACGGGCGAUGUCCUCGCAGGCUUUCAAUCUACCAUCAAUGCAUCAGAAAGCGACACCCUUUCAAAAUCAGGAGAACUCAAAGACUGCCGGUGGGAGUUCUUCGCGGCGGGGCCAUCGCAGCAGCGUGGCGUACCUCCCAAGGCCUCAUUCCCGGGGAUUCUGGUAACCCUCGAAUACGAGAAUGCCACAUACAAAGCCGCGUUGCUGGCUGAUACCGACUCGACCACUCAACCACGGAAAGGGGUUACGGCUCUGCCGCUACUGUUGACUAAAUUCCCCAUCGCACUGCGCCAAACAUUCAUCAAUUUCAUGUACUCCAAUUUCGACACGUACUGUUCAACGCUCGGCCUUUCUUCGCGGUUCUUAUGUGAAACGCUUGAGAACUUCGUUAGUAUUGUGCCGGGCUCGGAAGUUGAAGAUGUGAUCAAGGAGUUACAGCUUACGCUAUCAUUCUCGUCGUCUAUCGCGCCGGCGUUGCGGAAUAUCAAUGUCGGUGUUCCUCGUGCCUCGCUGGUUUCUUUUCUUGAUCAGGAUGCGGCAAACUCGAAAGGAAAGGCUGUACAGGGGAAGGCAAGAAUUCCUUUGGUCGAGAAUGUCACGUCUUACCUGGAGACCCACCUGGCAAUGAAAUUGGAUCUGGAUGGUUCGCAUCACAACGGCGUCGCCAGGCAGCAUGUGCGGUUGUCAAAGGUUGCAUGUGCUGCGUUUGUAAUAUCCAGCGAUGGCCGUUUAAAGCUCAUCGUGGAUGCGAAGCGAGCUGGUGAGAACACGGAUGAGGACGGGGAUAGGGGAGAUCAGAAUAUCUCUUCUUUGCGGGCAAAUGAGAGAUUGCUUCGUGCUGUUAUUCGGAAAAGUUUCGCUGGUGAGCAAGUGACCACAUGA